AUGCAAGCUUCGAAAUCCAUCGAGAAAUUUCAUUCGCUUCCGAAUAUUAGAGAUGGGAUGAGCGAGGGGGACCUUCGAAAGUUGUAUAGUUUGUCCUUGUCUCAGAUCAGAAAACACGCUGAGUUUGGAGAGUAUAGUUACAAACCAGCUUCAUUUAACAUUCGCUGGAUAUAUGGCUAUAACCCGAAAGUUGGAGUUAUCAAUCUCAAGGACCAAGACAAAUCAGAUAUUUUCUACGCAGCGGGAAACUGUGGUGUUGUUUAUGACUGGGAAAAGCACCAGAUGAGAAUCUUACAGGGUCAUAAACAUGUUGUCUCACAUUUAGCAACGGAUGCGCAAGGCAAAUGGCUCGUUACAGGUGACUCGGGCCCUGAAAAUAUUAUCAUAAUUUGGGAUAGCGCCGACUUCUUUCCACAAAAGACAAUAUUCUCCCCCCACGGAAACAACAAACUCGCAAAGUUAUGCCUCAGCGCAGAUUCUAAAUAUCUCAUGACACUGGCGUAUCAAGAAACUGCAGUUUUGUACUGGUGGAUUUGGUCUUUCGGUUUGGACGUUCCGCACGCGACACUCGAUGUUGAUAUAACGUGCGAUGGCAUUCUGGAUAUGAGCUUCAAUCCGAACAACAGUCUGCAGUUUUUACUUUUAACUAAGCACGAUAUAUGGAUCGGAACAGCUAAGAAAAUAUUUGUCACCGAGAGAGGCAUCGUGAAGGAAACUGACAAUUAUGAGUUAAAGAUCCGACUGCCAACCAGGAAGGUGGCUUCCGAAGUGGGAAAACUUACUUGUUUCACGUUUGCGAAAAUCCAAGUUAUUGUUGGUACGAGUAAAGGCGCCGUCGUCAUUUACAGCGCGUCCGUGGGAAACGUUGACAGCGUGAACAUGAAUUAUGAAGACCUUAAAUUCAUAAAGAUCUUAAAAGUUGAACAAUAUAGGAUAAACGUUAUUCAAAACAUUGAUGGGAUUAUAGUAACUGGUAACGAUGGAGGAGAAAUCCAUUUCUACGAUGAACAGUUGAAGCUAUUAUACUGGAUACAUGGGUUUCAAGUGGAUUCAGUUCAGGGCAUCAGUUUUGAUAUGGUUCGCCGGAGCUAUAGAGUGUUGGACCCGAAAUGUAAUAAAGAGUGUCCAUGCUUUGAAAAAGUAAACGUUGGCUUAGAUCCCGACACGAAGCUUCCUCGUCAAAAGUUAAUGAGAAAGGCUAUUCCAUCGGACGCAACGACGGCGAACAAACCAUUUGUAGUCAGGGACUUUAUAUUAUGUACAUAUAAUGAAGGUGUCUAUUAUGUAAAUUUUACAAAUGAGACUCUUCUACCCGUGCUUGAUAACAAGAUCAUGUCUGCUUUGACGCUCUCAGUACAUCCUGAAAAGCCCUGUCUGUGUGUGGGUUACACUGACGGAAUCAUUGAGCUGUACAACUAUCUUCAACAUAAGUUAUUCGCGCGCCUCGAUCUACGUGAAUACUUCAGAGUAAUUAUACUUCCUGACGAAGAUUCUAUUGAAGGGGAUACAAUAAUUAAAUACCCAGAUCUCUCUGUCACAUGUUUGAAGUAUUCACCAUCAGGUCUACACUUGGCAUGUGGCCUCGAUACAGGUGAAUUGAUGUUCCUCGAUCCCAUUACAAUCAAUAUCCUGACGCCGAAACCUUUCCAAGAUACUAGUUACGCUAUAAAGGAAAUUAAUUAUAGCUGCGAUUCUCUAACUCUUGCGCUUGCUGACACAGGCCGCACUGUCUGCGUGUAUAAAUAUGACUGUGUGAAAUUUGAAUGGCAAUUCAUUGGCAAACACAGAGCUCAUUAUAAAGAUAUAUCCGCUGUCUUUUUUUUGCCUCAAAAGAACGAGAAUGGUGACUACAAAUUACUGUCACUUGGCGCAGAUAGAAUGAUGGUAGAAUAUGACGUUGGAGAGAGCUCGGAAGAAUAUUUAGAGAUACUAAGUUUGGACAGAAUCGACCAGAUGGCAGUUCCCUUGACAGGUAUCCCUUGGCCUACUCCUUCUGAUGUCGAUCAGGAAUGUUGUAGGACGGACGUACCGAUGAUUCUUGUAGCGACAGACGAGCACAAAUACAAAAUUAUAAACUACGCUACAACUAUGACUUUGUCCACUGUUCUUGGGCCUAGAUUUGAACAACCUGUAUGUAGAAUGGAACUUGUUACAAAAGAUGGCGCUGAUAGCGGUGACAAAUAUUUAGUUUUUGCCACCAAAAAUGUAAUUGGUCUUCAGAAAAUGCCCUUGGAUGGUAAUCCUUGGAAACACGCUGGUCUAUUAGGACACCCCUUACAGAUAACGGGUAUGUGCUUUCGUGAGGACUCUGGUACUCUAUUUAAUAUAGGAGCGAAGGACACCUGCGUAUACCAGUGGGCAGCAAAUUAUAGAUCUGUGGACACAACAACGAAGCAAGGCGGUGGAGAUUUGGACCCAUACUACUGUCUUGUAGAGGACGGAAGACCUGGUUGGUUAUUCCACGAGAUCAGAGAUUUGUUCUAUUACAUUCAGAUUCUCUGCCAAGGCACUUUUUCGCCGGAUAUGCGCCGCGUCAAAGAUUACAUACCGAUUGACUCAUUACCAGACAUGAUGAGAGCUUUAGGCUACUUUCCUUCUGAAUAUGAGGUGGAAAAUCUAUUAGUAGAAGCAAAAUUCAAGGUAUAUCAACGAGUUCCGUCAGCGGAGAUAGAUUUCGAAGAGUUUGUUAAAUUAUACAUAAACCACCGACCUGCCUUUCCUGAUAACGUCAGGAAAAUUAGAAAUGCCUUUCGACAUUUUGCUGCCCCCAACCAGAAAGAUGAAUAUGUGAUCAACCGCGAAGACCUUGUGCAACUGCUCAAUAAUUAUGGUGAGCUAGCUAUAAGUAUAAGUUCUUUUAACCUAUUAAAAUUUCCCAUUGCUACAUGUCUCUUCUUAAAUAUUAUAGAGGGGAACAUUUUUUCUCAAGAGUUGACAUAUUAUUUACUGUCUAUACUAUACGGAAAAUCGUUUGAGGACCGCGCGGAAGUUGAGGGAGAAGAAUUUGAUUUCCUUCCAGAGGAAAUAACUUUAUCGGAGCUGUUAACAAAUAUAAUUGGUGUUCAAGAUUCAGACAACUUUUCGGAUUACUCUACAAAAGAAACCCGAGCGUCUCAGAUUGUUUUGUCUUCAUCCGAAUCUGAGGACUAA